GCGUGCGGUGCACAGCACAAUGAAAUAUGUCCUCAGAGGUCACAUGACUCAAGAACUGCUGUCACUUGCCAGACCCAGCGUCACUUCAGAUGAAAUAUAUUUUGAUGGUAUCCUUGGAAACGUAGACACGAAUACUAAUGUUGAUGAUCGACUUGGUACAACAGCUAUUACAGUGAAUGCUUUGAUCAACACGUGGACCGUCUACGACUCAGCCAAAAAGACGUUGUCGUGGAUAACUGAUACACCUCCUGAUGUUCAACGAACCGUGACAGCGGCGAGCAGAUGGUUAGCGCGGCAUAUACUUGGGGACCAGUAUAAACAUGACCUGGUAUUCUUUACAGUCGACAGUCCAGCCCCGGAUGAUUCCGUAUACUGGUAUCCCACCAACAGACUGGAGUUUCUCAAUGGUACGAGUUUCUCGGAUGAUGGAGAUAUUCCUGAAGAACCGUUCAUCGGAGUCGUGGAAGGCGUCAUUCCAGAAAUCCAAUACCAGGCCAUGUUGAAGCGCAAGCACUUCGGACUGAAAACGCCGGAGAAAUUCCAUGGGAUAAAAAAGAGUUUCUACAUCUACUGGUCAUCGGACGCUUGCAGCUAUGCAAUAACAUUGCUGGCUCUAGCGCAACACAAUGCUAUCGUGAACGAUCAUUAAAUGCCCGACGCCAUAUAACCGUAAAUAAAAUACGUCGAGUGCGUCGUUAAAUAAAACAUUUCCUUCAAUCCUUAAAGGCACAGUACCUGAUGUAGACAACAACUAUAUUGACACAUCAAGUUAUUCUUACUAAUAUGGAGUCGAUACGAUUAGUAUAUUCAGUAUCAGCACAGUACCCCGUAUAGACAACAACUAUAUUGACACAUCAAGAUAUUCUUACUAAUAUGGAGUCGAUACGAUCAGUUACUCUUUUAUUCUAAUAUUAAUUGUAAUACAUUUUAAACUGAAACUUAUUAUAUUCAGUAUUAAAAACCUUAAACCUUGCGUUUUCUAGACUAGUUAUUACUAAUGUUUUUAAUUACCAUUA